AUGAGCAGCGCUCUUGAAAGGCAAUCAAACAGGCUCACCCGAGCCCACAGCCUCGAUGCAGCGCAAAAUUUGGAUCUUGACAGCGAUGGUUAUGCCCUGGGUCAGGUUCUCAGACAGGGGAGCAGUGGCGAGAGCCAAGUAUAUCUGGCGGAUCCCUGGCGUAGGUUCUACGAAUGGGAAGAGCCACCGCCCGAGCAUAAAGAUCCGCUGACGCAGGUCAUCUCGACUGAAGCGAAAAUGCUCAUUAAUAAAUGGAUACAUUUUCGUGACCAAUGCCCCAAGGACGAUCAGCUAGAUCUUGAAGACUAUGAGCCCAAUAUGGAGAGUGUUCUCCUGAUGGUGGAGAGGAUGAACAGUCGAUGGAACAGCGAUAGAGAGUCCGGAAAAGGAGGCAAGACCAAGAAAUUAUUCCACAGUGCUUGUGAGACAUUGGACGCACAUAGCUCAAUCAUGAAGAUGCUUCCUAAUGGGAAUGAAUAUGUAUCAAUCUUCACAGGAGCAUUGAACACUGUCAUCCAGGCGAGUGUGAACCAUGAGAGCAUUGCGGGAAUUCUGUCAGAAGCGCUGGAUGCUUCACUCCGGAAUCGUGUCAUUGAUUGCAACCUCGACCUGGAAAUAUUCAAAACAGAGGAGAUGCUCAAGCUUGUCGCCGAUUUGUAUGCUUCACUGUUUGCAUUACUAUCCGAUAUCAUGGACUGGCUCAUGCUCAAAUGGCAUAAACGAAUGCUAAGGUCUUUCAAUGAGAAGUGUGGCAAGAAGUUUGAGGGCAUGAUAGAACAUGUCAAAGUUAAGGCAGACAAUGUUAAGCGCAAGGCGGAACAGAGUUCUCGUGCUGAGGGGAGAGUCACCAGGCUGCUAGCAGAAAGAACUCUUCUCGAGACCCAGCAGAUGCGGCUCGACUUAAGAAUUGGAAGAGAAGGAGAAGCGAGGCGAUUGGCCGAGCUCACGAACAAGGCCGAUCGUCUAAGUCAACAGACUUCCCAAGACAUGAUUGAUAGACGGGAGCAGUCAAGCAAGAUCGACCAGAUCCAUUCCUAUCUCAUAGCUCUCUUGCAAUCCAACGCGGGUGCUUAUAUCAUUUCCCAAGAGAACGACAGCGGAUUGCCAUCCAGCGUCUCAGCGCAGCUCCUCAUGGCUUCUGGUCACUUAAAUGUGGCCAAAGGCAUCGCGGAGAUGCCCACAAGUCGCUAUAUGGCCGACGACGUAGCCAUCAACUCCGCCCAACUCGAAGACUAUUUCUCUCGCGACCGCGUGCGGCUGCCUCACGAUCCUCAAGGGCCUAUAGUCGCAUCGCAGGAGACAAUUCGGCGGCUCGUCGAGUUUACCGGGGAGAAGUCGCCUCAUACACUCUGGAUUGACGGAUCAGCAAUGCGUGCAGAUGACACGAGCAACCCACUAACGGCAGUGUCGAUGAAAUUCAUUCAUCUAAACGCACAAUUUGGAGUGCCCGUAAUAUCAUAUUUCUGCCAGCUAAGCCGCAGUGGAGGGUUGCUUCCGGGGAACACGAGAGAAAUGCAAGGUCUGAUUGCCCUCUGCUACUCAUUGACUCGCCAAAUGAUUGAGCUCUUGCUAUCGACCUUCGAGAGCAAUGCGGACUUUUCCGGGGAACGUUUCGCGCGCCUGGAUGGCACAGCAAGCUCGUGGGAAGAGUGGGUGGCGCUGUUCGGAGACCUGGUGGAAGAGAUGCCCAACAGGUUGUUCUGUGUCAUAGAUGGCGUUCACCUGGUCGAUGAUCGGAGCACAGAGAACUAUAUGGGGGAGUUGAUCACGGUGCUGGCGAACGAGAGGCUACGAGUCCUGUUCACCACGACUGGCCGCUCUCCAACUCUACGGCGGGAGAUUGGAAAAAUCAACACACUUUCUCUGAACAUGAAUCAGUUCUCGCGUGGCGGAAGACUCAAUGUCAAAUCCUUCGGGCCAGAAGUACAGCAAGGAAGAUAA